CUCCCCCAACCCGUCCUGCCUGUCCUGCCACCGCCCUGCCCCGCUCCCAGCCUUCUCCCAACCUCCCGCCCGCCUUAAAAACCUCCUGCCCCCUUCUCCCAGCCUCCUUCCGACCUCCUCCCGACGCCUUCCGACCUCUUUCCCACCUCCUUCCAACCUUUCCGACGUCUUCCAACCUCUCCCAACCUCUUCCAACCUCCUCCCGACAUCUUCCAACCUUCUCCCAACCUCUUCCAACCUUCUCCCAACCUCUUCCAACCUUCUCCAAACCUCUUCCAACCUUCUUCCGACCUUCUUCCAACUCUUCCAACCUUCUUCCAACUCUUCCAACCUUCUCCCAAUCUCCUUCCGACCUUCUCCCAACCUUCUCGCCACCUUCUCACCCGUCUUCCGACCUCCUCGCCCUCGUCCCCCCCCCAACCUCGCCAUGUCCGUCACCGUCACCAGGAAGACCGUGAGGAGCAGCUCGGCCGCCCCCGGCCGCUCCUUCAGCUCCCACUCCUACACCGCCGGCCCUGGCGUGAGGAUGAGUACGGCCUCAGCCUUCAGCAGCUACGGGGGGAGCCGUUACGGAGCCGGGGGGCUCUACCGGGGUCCGGCCCUGGCCCCGGGGACGGGGGGUGGCAUCACGGCCGUCAGCGUCAACCAGAGCCUCCUGACCCCCCUCAACCUGGAGAUCGACCCCAGCAUCCAGCGGGUGCGGAAGGAGGAGAAGGAGCAGAUCAAGACGCUCAACAACAAGUUCGCUUCCUUCAUCGACAAGGUGGGGUAUGAAGAGGAGAUCAACAAGCGCACGACUGCCGAGAAUGACUUCGUGAUGCUGAAGAAGGAUGCAGAUGUUGCCUACAUAACCAAGGUGGACCUGGGGGCCAAGGUGGAAGCACUGACAGAUGAGAUUAACUUCCUGCGAGCCCUCUACGAAGCAGAGCUGUCCCAGAUGCAGUCCCAGAUCUCCGACACCUCCGUGGUCCUCUCCAUGGACAACAACCGCAGCCUGGACAUGCGCAGCAUCAUCGCCGAGGUCAAAGCACAGUACGAGGACAUCGCCAACCGGAGCCGGGCAGAGGCUGAGUCCUGGUACCAGAGCAAGUACGAGGAGCUGCAGCUCACAGCUGGCCGGCAUGGGCACGACCUCCAGAACACCAAGAUGGAGAUCUCGGAGAUGAAUCGCAUGGUCCAGCGGCUCCACUCAGAAAUUGAUAACGUAAAGAAACAG